AUGUCGAAUCGAUCAACGCGCUUCGUGCAGACAUGUAUGAUCGAAGAGAGAUCGAAAACAACUGCAUAUUCUUCAUUUGAAAAAAAUGUUGUUGACAAGCGGGAAAUGCAUCUAAUAUCUCCACUUUUUCUUUUCUGUGCUAUAUUCUUCUCUACUUUUUUCUUCAUGGCUUUCACUUGGAAUGGUUGCAACACAACAGCAAAUCACACAAUCACCGGUGCGUCUUUUUAA